CUUUAAAACAUAACAACCUCAUAUGAAGCAGCAGCACGGUGUAGUAAACGGUGGAGACACAAAUAAGCGCGUAACGAAAGUGCGACUAUAGCAUACGAGGUGGGCAAGCCUAGCGGUGUAUUGUGGGAGAGACAGAAGCUACAGACCAGAGGCACACAAUAUGUGUUGGCUCUCGCCGUAAAGGAGGCAGUAUUCUUCAAGCUAAAUCAUGUAAUGUAAGCGGCGAAAGGAGAGCGAUUACGUCUUUUUAUCAAUUAGAGGAAAAUCACUCGAUAGGGACAAAACAUGUCCAAGCCAGGGGAGAGAAACAGACUGAACGAAGACCAUGGCAGAAAGCAGAGUUCAAGUUUUCAGGCGAACGGCAUGGACAGUCAUCCCGUCUGCGGCUCGGCGGAGAAGCGGAGUCACCACUGGAGAAGUUACAAGUUGAUCAUCGACCCGGCGCUGAAGAAGGGAUCCCACAAACUGUAUCGCUACGAUGGACAGACUUUCAACAUGCCCAACCCCGGGAUGCCACCAGUGGAUAUGGUCCGGGACCCGAGAAUCGGUCGUCUCUGGACCAAGUACAAAGAGACGGACCUACCGGUGCCGAAAUUUAAGAUCGAUGAGUGCUACAUCGGCCCUGUGCCUCCAAAGGAGGUGACAUUCGCCCGUCUCAACGACAACAUCAGGGAAGGAUUUCUUACCGACAUGUGCAAGAAAUACGGAGACAUCGAGCAGGUGGAGAUCUUGUAUAAUCCGAAGAAUAAAAAGCACUUGGGAAUUGCCAAAGUUGUUUUUGAGAACGUGAAAGCCGCCAAAUUGGCCGUGCAGUCACUCCACGACACGUCUGUUAUGGGAAACAUCAUCCACGUGGAGCUGGACCCGAAAGGUGAGAAUCGCCUCAGGUACUUCCAGCUCCUAAUGAAUGGCAGCUACACCCCUCGGACCUUGCCUGUUGGUGGAGAGGAGGCCAGAGAAGUCUCCCCUCGGAGCCUGGCAGAAGCCUUACUGGCCUGCGAGCCAAUCCGCAGGUUGUCAGAAAGCAGCAUGUCUGCUGUUGGAGGAACAUUGCCCCCCAGCAGCUCCACCACUCCUCUGUCCCUGGAAACGGGCUACUCCAGCCUAAGGCAGGACACACCCCAAUCCCAGGGAACCCCUCAUACCCCGCGCCAGACCGGUACACCCUUCUCUCAAGACUCUAAUUUCUCCAGUCGGCAGUCCACGCCUGCGUACCAAUCCAGCCGGGCCGAGAGCUCUGGAGGUUACAAAUCUCGCAGACAUGAGAGUAAGUUCCAGGACGCGUACAACCGCAGACCGGAGAGGCCGCAGUACCGCAGUUCUAUGUACCGAGGUUCAUCCACGUCGGAGCCCUUUAAACAGCACCAACUCACCCCGCCUGAACCUCCUCCAUCAACCCCCUCCUAUACCUACACAGCGCCCCUGCCUGCUACACCCAACUUUAAGUCAGCCUUCUCACCCUACCAGGCCCCUUUACCUCCUGCGUUCCCCCCUUCAGAGCCAGCUUUCCAACCACCGGCGCAAAGGGAGGGUGAAUACCUCCGACCGCCGCAGCCUCCUCUUGCAGCGGCCACAGACUUUUUACCUGUCAAGGACAGACCUGAAACUCCUCCCAUCCCAGAACCCCCACCCGAGCCUUCUCCCCAUCCCACCACUCCUCCACCUCAAACGCCAGAGCACUGCCCCUCACCCGGCUCCCCGGCACUGGAUCCAGAGCGCAAUAGCUUGGAUUCCCGCAUCGAGAUGCUUCUCAAGGAAAAAAGGACAAAACUGCUGCCGUUCCUGGAGGAGCGAGACUCGGACACUGAGGUGAGGAUGGAGGGGAGUCCCAUUUCAUCUUCGUCCUCACAGCUCUCCCCAAUUCCCCCUUUCACAAGCGGCUCGCAAGGCGGGCAGCUAAACUCCCGACCCUCCAGCACAGGGUUGGAGGACAUUAGUCCUACCCCGCUGCCAGACUCGGACGAUGAAGAGCCAAUUCCUGGAACAGCUGCCCUGAUAAAGAGAAUCAGCUCUCCUGUCCAAGAUAAGAAGAGCAACAGUGACCUCAAGGAUGGACACUACCGAGUACACACACCCACGGAUAAAAUGGAAACGAGUCAUCAGUCGUCAGGAGAAGACAUGGAGAUCUCUGAAGACGAGAUGCCUGGGACUCCCAUCACUGUUGACUCGAUACAGACCAUCACCCUGCCUCCCCCAGGCUUCCCCCAUCUCACCCAUCAAGCUGGCUUCUCCCUCCCACACCACCACCUGACCCACCACUCUGCUGUGCAGGGACACCCCGCUCACCUGGCCACUCACCCCGGGGUGCCUCCGCAUUUGCUGGCACACAUGGGCCCCUACGCUCAGAGCAUGGUGCCUCUGAUGCAGAUGGAGCUGAUGAACUGCCUGCGCUGGGAGCAGUGGAGCAGCACUGUCCCCAUGUCCUUCCAGAUGCAGCAGCAGAUGCUGAGCCGCAUCGCACAGACUCGAGGGCCGUUUCCUUUUCCACACUUUUUGGACAGUGGUGCGUCGGGGCCCUAUGUGGGACCCUACCAGCCUCUGUCUUUGGGUGCUACGCCUACUAGUGGAGCAGGAGUACCUGGACAACAGUGGCAGCAUCCCAGUGUACCAAAGUUCAACCCGACUGUCCCUCCACCUGGAUAUGAGAAUAAAAAGGAGGAUCCUCACAAGGCCACCGUUGAUGGAGUGCUGCUGGUUAUUGUCAAAGAGCUGAAGGCCAUCAUGAAGAGGGACCUCAACCGUAAGAUGGUGGAGGUGGUGGCUUUCAGAGCCUUUGAUGACUGGUGGGAUAAGAAGGAACGCUCAGCUAAGGCGACUUUGACUCCAGUGAAAGGUGCAGAGGGAAAGGAGGAGGAGAGACCCAAACCCAAAGAAACGAUGGGUUCAAGUCUGCUGGAGAACUGGAACAAGGGGGAGGGGCUGGGCUACGAGGGAAUGGGCCUGGGAAUCGGUUUGCGAGGAGCCAUUAGGUUACCUUCCUUCAAGGUGAAAAGGAAGGACCCACCUGAGGCUGCAGCAGCAGGAGACAACAAACGAGCCCGACCCUCCACGCCUGUUGACGACGAGCUGGAGGAUGAAGAUCGAGAUCGAGACCCAGCUGGACUCCCCACAGACGACUCCAAAUUGGACCCUGAUGGCGCGGCAUCUAAACGACGGCACUCACGACCUCUUGAACUGGACAGUGAGGGCGAGGAGGAGGUGGACACUUCAGGGAAGGAGGAGUCUCUGUCUGACCGGGAGGAGGAGCCUGAUGUAACAGAGGCUGCUGAUAGGCUGUUGUCAGGCAAAGGGAGUGGUGAUGAGGAUGGUGAUGAUGAAGGUGAAUCAUCCAGUGGAAGUUCCUCAGAUUCAUCUGAUGAUGAAGCAGAGAGUUCAGCUUCCUCCAAGGCCAGCUCGGACUCCUCAGGAGAAAGCUCCGACUCCUCCUCUGAGUACGAGUUAAGCUCGGAAGAAGAGGAGGAGGAGCAGGAGGCGACUUCACGUGACGUGGACGAUGUCGAUGUCAAAAAGGCGGUGACUUCCUCAUCCUCUUCAUCAUCCACGUCUUCGUCGUCUUCUGAUGAAGAGGCGGAGGAGGCAGAAACCAAAGCAUCGAGCCCGCCUGUGGGGCAGGUCAAGGAGGAGAAAGAGGAUCAGAGGAGCCUGGAGGAGCUUAGCAGUAAGGUGAAACGCAGACCACCUAGUCCCAAGGAGGAGGUGAUGGAGGACAGGAAACCACUGUCCCCCAAAGGACUCCCAGAAAAAGGGAGCGUCAUCGGUGUAGACGGCAACAUUCCCAAAGUGAAGUCUGAACCUCAGGAGCGAGUUGUAAACCUCCGGCCGUCAACUCCCACAGGUGCCCUCCCCGACAGCGACCAGGAGACCAAAGCCAAAGGUAAAGCAGAGCCUGAGGAAGUCCCCUGCACCCCAGGCCGAGCAGACCCCUCUCACAUAGACGCUAACACACCCGUCCCUAAAUCUGCUUCUGCAUCUUUAAUGCACCUCCCUCUCCCUCCUCACCCGGCACUAGAAGGUCGCUCCCUCCUACACCCUCCCCCCGGUCCCCUGCCUGACCUCCCUCAGCGGCCCCGCCUCCCCACAGACGAGGACAUCCCCCGCACGCCGGGCAGGGACCUGCUGGAGCGCGCCCGGAGUCUGGGCAAGUCCCAGAGCACGGACACGGUGCCCAACACGCCCGGCAGUGACGCCCCGCUGUCAGGCAGCAGUCUCCUGCUCAGCUCCCCUCACAUCCCCGGUAGCCCCUUCUCCUACCCCGCACAGUCCCCUGUCCUUAGCGCAGGAGUCCCUCGAACACCAGGAAGAGACUUAACCUUCACCCCUGUCUUCCCUGACCCCUCAGCACUGACUCUGAAUAGGAAAGUCUCCUCGGAGAGCAUAGAUGAUAGACCAGUUUUUAAGGAGCCGCCUGUCAGCGCCCUGCCUAACCAAACUCCCUCAGCUGGAUCAGAGCAUUCAGCCAGAGUCCCUGAAGAUCUGCCCCCUGGUCUCACUGUAGAUAUCCCUGUGCCAUCAGAUACCCUGUCAUCAAAGAAGAAACCUGGACGACCCAAAGGCAAAAAGACCCCGGCUCUCUCUGCGUCUGAGGACUCUUUGGAGCUCUCAUCAGAGUCCACCCUCCUGCCUCAAGACCAACACCUCAGCGACCUGUCCACGCAAAUAUCUGCCAAGUCUCCCAAUCAUCCAAGUCUGGACUUCAGGGAAGGAAAAGUGGAGCCUCAGACAGUCCUACCUGCAGAAGAUGGGUUCCUGUCCUACGAAGACGAGGCUCCUGUUGUGGUGAAGCCUGCGAGGAGGACGAGGCGAGGCUGGGAGGAGCUGCUGCUGGGGAGCCUGUCCCCUGUCACCUCGCCGCCCCUGCCUUACUUCACUCCACGCUCCGAGUUUGAGGAGAUGACCAUCCUGUAUGACAUCUGGAACGACGGGAUCGACGAGGAGGACGUGAGGCUGCUGAAGAUCACUUAUGAUAAGAUGCUGCAGCAGGAUAACGGCAACGACUGGCUCAAUGACACACUGUGGGUCAACCACCCUUCUACCAAUAUCCCUGGAGUGAAGAAGAAAAGAAGAGACGACGGCAUGAGGGAUCACAUGACCGGCUGUGCAAGAAGCGAGGGUUACUACAAGAUCGACAAGAAAGACAAGAUCAAGUACCUCCAGAGCACGAAGCUGCAAUAUGAGGAGCCGCCGAUGGACACACAGGGGAUGAGCAUUCCCGCACAAGUCCACGCCUCCACCAGAGCCGGCUCAGAGCGGCGGUCAGAGCAGCGGCGCUUGUUGUCCUCGUUCGCGUGUGACAGUGACCUGCUGAAGUUCAACCAGCUGAAGUUCCGUAAGAAAAAGAUCAGAUUCUGCAAAUCGCACAUCCACGACUGGGGUCUGUUCGCCAUGGAGCCCAUCGCUGCAGAUGAGAUGGUGAUUGAAUACGUGGGGCAGAACAUCAGACAGGUGAUAGCUGACAUGCGGGAGAAGCGCUACGAGGAGGAAGGCAUCGGCAGCAGCUACAUGUUCCGCGUCGACCACGACACCAUCAUAGACGCCACCAAGUGUGGCAACUUUGCCCGUUUCAUCAACCACAGCUGCAAUCCUAACUGUUAUGCGAAGGUGAUCACAGUGGAGUCUCAAAAGAAGAUCGUGAUCUACUCCAGGCAGCCGAUUAAUGUCAACGAAGAGAUCACGUACGACUACAAGUUCCCCAUAGAGGACGAGAAGAUACCAUGUUUGUGCGGGGCGGAGAACUGCAGAGGGACGCUCAAUUAAAGCCGGUUUGAAGUGGAUCCUCUUCAGGGCUCUGUCCUAAAACUCAACUGAAGAUUCACAGAGGAGAGCCGGAUGAGGAGGAGGGGAAGAGGGAGUUUCCUUACCUCCUGUAAGGCGCUCUUUGCAUAUUAAAAUCUAGAUUGUUUACGAUUAAUGGUGCUCUUGAAAUGCAUAGUUUUUUACGUCUGCCAGUGACCCAGAAUUUACUAAAACUCUUGACUUGCUGGUGCAGCAUUUCCCUCCCUCCUGUCGACACAGGACAGUAUUUCAGCACGGUUUCUUCCACAUCCAGUCCUUAUUUUGUACAGCCUUUGUUUUUUUUUUACACUUUUCUCCUGUCAAGUUGAUUCAUAAGCUUUACCUACACCACAUGUGGUACAAAAAAACACACAAACUCACAUGUUCAGCUGCUUUCUAACACUGUUGAGACGCACAAAACCCACCAGGAAAAUACGUUCUCUGUGGGGGAAGACGGCAGAGGUUAUCCCUCUUUAUCGCUCCUGCCUCUUCUGCACAAGUUUUACAUUGGAAUAAAUCAAACAGAUGGAAGUAAAAAGUCAAGCUUCAAAAAAUGGUUAAAUCCUGCCACAAAAUCUGGAAUGAUUCGAUAUCACAGCUGCUUUCACCAGCCAGUAACAGAUCAUGCUGCUUCCUAUUACUUUAUGCAAAGAAAUUGAAGAUGAAAGUGCAGAAUUUGUACUAAUUAAUAUUAUUCCAGUGUUUUCCACUUUUUGUAUAGGUAGUCCCCUUAUGCUUAGACACUAGAUUUGUGUGUUUGUGUGUGAAUGUGUUCUGAGUUGAUCACCCUGUGAAUGUGAGUGCACUGCCCCCUGUAGGCUGCUGAGCAAAAGUCUGACUAAUCAUGCAGAGGAAGAGAAUGAAAAAAGAAUCAUACCCGUCUUCUAUCACCAGGCAGCGUUCAAAGGAAGUUAUGGAAGUGAACUGUAACUCUCACUUUUUAAGUGCCAUAUGAAUGUGUAACUGUCUUUGUUUAAGCUGAGCAGCAGGUGAUACAUUUAAAAGUCCUGCGCUAAAAACGUGCUGCCUAUUUUGUUCCCAGCGCUGUGGGUGUUUGAUGACGAUGUUUGUUCUUCAUCUGUGCCUCAGAUGACUGUCUUUGAUAGAUUCUUCUUCAUCUGUAACACUUUAUUACUCUAUCAGUGUUUGUUUUCCUCCCACAGAAGUGUUUCUCUGACCCAGCACAUAGCCAGGGUUCUCCUUUCUUUAAAACAUGAAUACACAUGAUGCUUGCACUUCUGCUUUAACGCCCUCUCUUAGCCAAUCAGCUGCCCACAACAAGACCAAGUCAGUUGUUGCUUCAUCAGUUUGACUUUUUUUCACCAGUAAUGUUCAUAUUGUAUAUGAUUACUUGUACAGAAGAUCUAAAGCUUUUUUUUUGAUCUACACAGGGGUAACACUUUUUAUGAUGCAUCUAUCUCUCUCUUUCUCUUUUUUUAAAACAAAAGACUGAGUAUUUAAAAAUGUUAUCAGGGAUCUGUAAAAGGAAUCUGAGGAUUUAAGAGGUUGUUUAUUUAAAGAAAAAGGUCCACUGUGCACAGAAAAGUCUCCACCUCCCUUUUGGAAAGAUUGUUUCUUGUGGAAACGUCUUCAUUUUCUGCCCAUUUGCUUUAUAAUCCUAGAAUCUGUAAAUACUGUAACUGUGAAUACUAUAUAAAUAUAUAUAAAUAUAUUUUUGUUCCCUGGGAUUUGCUACACAAACUCGGCUCAGAGAUCUAUGUAAGAUAUGAAGUGAGUGAUGAGCUGGUAGCGGUAAAUUCAGCUUGUGUCAAGCUUUGUUUUUUUAUUUUCUGUUGUAAAUUCUAUGAAAAAUUGUUUGCGGUGUGGAGAAAAAAAUAAGGUGCAGAAUUGGCAUGAGAAGAGGAUUGAGAUAUCAGCCUGUUUCUUAUGUCUAUUUAUUACACGAAAAAUGUAUGAAAAAGGUAAAAGUGGAAAUAAAGCAUUUUUGCAUACAU